AUCACCAGUCACAUGCCACUGAAUAUUUGUCUAAACCUGGUGUUCCGUUUCAUCUCGAGAGGUUCCAGAAGUAAAAGCUCGCUGAAAUCUAGUGGUAUAUUUUUUCCAAGGGCGAACUAGCGAUGAGAGUUUUUUUCGUUGUUUUUGCUUUGACUUCGACUUGUUCUCGUGGUUAUUCCGAAGCCGAAUUAGUGGUGAGGAUCAGCGGGGGGCCUUUGGUAGCUCAACUGCUUGCCCAGGAAAAUGGACAUUUUUUCAAAGGGCCGGUUAUGGGUUUCAGCGAUACGUACAUUCUGAUCCCAUUGAAAGACACCUUUGACAACCUCCGAAAACGAGGACUUCAUUCGAAGAAAAUCGCGAAUGACAACAGAGUGUUAUGGGCUGAGGAACAACUGGUUAAAUCUAGACAAAAACGAGACUUCAACCUUCCUCACGAUCCCUCAGAUAUACCAAAAGAAAGAGUGAAGAGAUACCAAGACAAGAGAAGGGUGUAUAAAAGACCGAUGUUGGCUUCCAGUGACAAAACUUUCAACGAUGAACUGUGGAGUCAACAGUGGUACUUGCGCGAUACCAGAUCCAGGAUAGACCUCCCCAAACUGGAUCUCAACGUCCUUUCUGUAUAUCGAGCAGGAAUCACUGGUAAAGGAGUCAGGAUUUCAAUCCUUGACGACGGAAUUGAGUACACCCAUGACGAUUUGAAAGAAAACUACGACCCGGAAAUAAGCUGGGACUGCAAUGAAGAGGACGACGAUCCAUACCCGAGAUACGAGCACACAAACUCCAACAACCACGGUACAAGAUGCGCUGGAGAAAUUGCCAUGAUAGCCAACAACGUAAAAUGCGGAGUUGGAAUUGCAUUCAACGCUAAAAUCGGUGGUGUCAAGAUGCUGGACGGACUGGUGACCGAUCGAAUAGAGGGUACUGCUCUGAGCUAUGCUCAAGAUUUGGUUGACAUUUAUAGCGCUUCCUGGGGGCCCAAUGAUGAUGGGAAAACCGUAGAUGGGCCUGGGAGGUUAGCUAGAGAAGCAAUAAAAAGGGGAAUAGAAGAGGGGCGAGGAGGCAAGGGGACGAUAUACGUUUGGGCAUCGGGCAACGGCGGCAACAACAACGACAAUUGCAACUGCGAUGGAUAUUUAUCCAGCGCUUUUACGAUAUCAAUAGGAAGCGCUUCCCAGAAGGGACAGUUUCCAUGGUACGGAGAAGCAUGCGCGUCUACUCUAGCUGUAACCUAUUCUUCAGGAGCUUACAAGGAUCAAAUGAUAGCGACAACAGAUCUACAAAACGAGUGCACUACCAAACAUACAGGUACCUCAGCUUCUGCUCCUUUAGCAGCAGGAAUCAUAGCCCUGGCCUUGGAGGCAAAUUCUAAUCUAACGUGGAGAGACGUCCAACACCUGAUAGUUUGGACUUCGGAGUUAGCCCCUUUGGUCAACAAUCAGGGAUGGCAACAAAAUGCGGCUGGAUUCUGGUUUAACGACAGAUUCGGCUUUGGACUGAUGAAUGCUUACGGAUUGGUAAGCGCAGCGGCGACUUGGAUCACUGUUCCAGAAAGAAGAACAUGUCAAGUGGUCCUGCCAACAGGGAAUAUCAAUUAUACACUAUCAACAAACCGGCCUGUGAAAAUUCUAAUUCACACCGAGGGCUGCAGAGGUGGUAACCAAGAAAUAAGAUUUCUGGAGCACGUCGAACUCAAAAUUAAUAUCAAUUACACCAUACGAGGAGUCUUGGAAAUUUUUCUAGUCUCUCCAGCAGGAACGCAAGUGAAAUUACUGGCACCCAGAAAGUUAGAUAAAAGUGACAGGGGAUUUGUGGACUGGACACUAAUGUCUGUUAUGACUUGGGGAGAAUCUGCAGAAGGAGUCUGGAUGCUGAUAGUGUCAGAUACAUCAGAAACUGGUUUGAAUCACGGAAUAGUUGGAGAAACUCGGCUUAUCCUACACGGUACCUAUGAACUGCCAGCCCAUAUGAGAGAUGGGCCUCGAAACUAUAAUCAAAACUACAACAGGAUUCAGAAUCGGGUGAAAAUACCCCAUUCCAGCAGCUUGUCCAAUAUGAUUUACGACAACUAUGUAUCUUUGAACGAUGAAAAAUUGAGAAAUGCUCAGUUGGAUUAUUUGAGGAGAGAAUUUUUAGAAUAAAUUGAGGAACA